AUGAACACCACUCAAGCCUUUGUGAAUAUCACUGACUCAUGUCAAUCCAGAAACCUGAGUCCUGAGCUUUGGAAACAGUUAAAUAUGAAUGAAUACUUGAAGGGAUACCCUUCUGGAGAUCGUUUGUCUUUACCAGCAUUCGCGUGUCAGGUGGGAGCUUGUAAUUUUCAAUGUGGAAUUGGUAGUUUUUGUGAUCCUUCAGACUUGUGUGCCCCCGUGGAAGGAAAAGCUUGGUACGCCUUGAUAGCUGCCAAAAGGUGGAAUGUCAUCAACAACCAGUUAUAUUCAGCCAUACCCUUGGCAUUGAGCGUCGUCUCUGAUAUCACACCAUCUAUGGUUAUGGAUUUGAUUCCCGACGCCUCAGAGUUUUGGACUCAAUCUGCCUGUCUCACCGAUUUGGUGGUAGCCUCUGUGAGCGCAAUCCCAGGCGCUGUGUUUGGUGCAGAUUCUAUGGAGGUGACUUGGACCAUCAUCACAAGUGUUCUGACGGUCGACGGUGGUUGGUCCUGGGCAGAAUCCAAUGUACUGGUGCCCGACCCGCCCAGAUACGAGAUUUGGGAAGAUAUAGUUUUUAGCUUGGAUAAAUUUCAAAAGCACAUGCAAGAGACGCUUUCCAACUUUGCGCAACGUGUCAUUCACUCAGGUAUCAGUACUCCCCAGGGACUCAGUGGCAUCAACAUGGACGGUAGUCUAUUUCUUGAGACAAAUUCAGACUCAGAGGAGGCCAUCCGGAAGGGCUUAACUGAUGACCUGAAGUUGAGAUCACUGGCUCUGAUCUUCAAAUUUCAACAUGCUUUUAUUAUGAGGGGAGCGGCACCAUGCAUGGAAGAUGGCCCUGGAGGAUCCUUGGAGGGCAAAGAUGUAUUUUCAAUGUGUGAUCCAGAAAAUAUGUAA